GAAAUCAGAGCAUCGCAGGCGUCUGCCGCCUUUCCUUCUUCCUGCGCCGCCGAGAUGGAUGCUGCAACCGCGGGCAACAAGGAGCGGGAGGCCGUGCAGCUCCUGGCAGAGGCCGAGAAGCGGGUCAAAUCCUCCCAGUCCUUCCUCAGAGGGUUCUUCGGAGGAAAUACAAGACUUGAAGAAGCAUGUGAAAUGUAUACAAGAGCUGCAAAUAUGUUCAAGAUAGCCAAAAAUUGGAGUGCUGCAGGGAAUGCCUUUUGUCAGGCAGCAAAACUCCAUAUGCAGUUGCAGAGCAAGCACGAUUCAGCUACCUGUUUUGUUGAUGCGGGGAAUGCUUACAAAAAGGCAGAUCCUCAAGAGGCUAUCAACUGCUUAAAUGCUGCCAUCGAUAUUUACACAGACAUGGGCCGAUUUACUAUUGCUGCCAAGCAUCACAUUACUAUUGCAGAGAUUUAUGAAUCUGAGCUGGUAGACAUUGAAAAGGGUAUUGCCCAUUAUGAACAAGCUGCAGACUAUUACAAAGGGGAAGAAUCUAACAGCUCUGCUAACAAGUGUCUGCUGAAGGUAGCUGGAUAUGCUGCUCAGUUGGAGCAAUAUCAGAAAGCAAUUGAAAUUUUUGAACAGAUUGGUACAAGUACAAUGGAUAAUCCAUUGCUCAAGCACAGCGCAAAGGAUUACUUCUUUAAAGCAGCUCUAUGUCACUUUAUUGUUGACGAGUUGAAUGCGAAGCUGGCUCUUGAGAAAUAUGAAGAAAUGUUCCCAGCAUUCACAGAUUCAAGAGAAUGUAAAUUAUUGAAAAAAUUACUGGAAGCUCAUGAGGAACAAAACUGUGAAGCAUACACUGAAGCAGUUAAAGAAUUUGAUUCAAUAUCCCGCUUGGAUCAAUGGCUUACAACCAUGUUGCUCCGCAUUAAAAAAUCAAUUCAAGGAGAGACCGACGGGGACCUAAAGUGAACGAUCUGUGCAGCGUGUGGCAUUGUGACUUGUCUGUAGAAAUAUCCUGUGUCAUGGUCAAGGAUCAUUAUGGAAUACAUGAUCAAUGCUUUUUGCUUAAUUGACUGGUGUUUUGUUUAAUAUCCUGCUGUGGCUCAUUUGGUGUAACUGUGAACAUGAAUUUGUAUUGUUUUUCGUUCCUCAGUGGAGAGCUAAUGGACUGAUCCUAUGCAUGUUUACCCAGAAAGGCAAGAACUGCUAAAUUCAUGGAUCUUCCUCCACAUAACUGAGCAUAGGAUUGUAUAAGUUAACUCUGAAGUAAGUUCUCAUGCAGCCAUGUUAAAACCCAGUCAGCUGAAAUGAAAUUAUACCUUCAUGAUAUGAGUCUCCACAUCUCCUGUCCUAGGAAUAGUGUUUUUCAACAUUAUUCAUUGUAGGGCCAUCAUAAAGGACACUGCUUAUUAUAUAUUUUAAAAUAUUAACCAAUAUUAUGUUGUUUACAUGUGAUUUGCAUUACCACAGAUACAACACAAUAAGUCACAACACUGAAUAGCACUGAAAUGGUAAACAAAAUACAAAGUUGUCCUUACAAUGCAAUCCCAGGCAUAUUUGAGUGGAACUAGAUUGUGUGAAUUUUCAGUGAAGUUUCAUAAUUAGGAAUAAGCCCCAAAGGGUGGCCGCAAGAGACCCAUUUGUGGUCCUUUUCACACACUCCUGCAGAUGCUUUCCCUGGUGGCAGCAGAGCUUAGUCACCUCACUCCUGCCCACCUGGACAUUUCCUGAUCACCAGAAUCAGGGUCAUUGAGGAAAUCCUCAGAAUGACACAGGGUGGCCGUGUCAUCUGCCCACAACAACAGAGAUUGUUGCCCACUCAAAAUGCUCUGAUCUGGAGGGUGUUUUGGAGCAUUGCUUGUAGUGUCGAACUGGAGCAGCAAAACCUUCAGAAGAGCUGUGUGAUUUAGGUGUAGUGAAGUGGCAGCUCCAGCAGUGAAUCACGAAGAGACUGGGGUCCAACUUGCUGCCCCAUUUGGUCCACUAUCUGAAGUGAGACUUUCACGAUAGGACUGGAGUUAGCCCUAUAAGUCCCAGUUUGGGCAAAGAUGCUUUGGGUUGUACUGUAAAGAGAACUUGAUUUUUAGAGGGUAUCUUAAAGGAUGUACAAAUUAUAACCUUGUGUUUAUUUUGAUGACAAGGAUAAAUCAGAAAUGAUUACUGUAUAUUACAGUUAACAUUACUUUAGACUAGUGACAAUGGCAGAAUUCCUGAAACCAGAUCAGAAGAUCUUGGACAAUAUGAUCCAUCCUCUGUAAUAAGCAAGAGAGUAGAUUGGAAUUGAUGUGAAUGAAUCAGUUGUAGCUUUCUCUUUCUUGGAGCUGCAAAAAUUUUGGUCAGGGUGCAUGUGAAUAUAUGAUGUCUGGGAAUUGGAAUUAUACAAUUCACUUGAAAAGAAGAAUGAAAAGAUUUUUUUUCCAGAAAUGCCCAUUUUCCUCCCCUAGGAUAAGCCUUUAAUCCAUGAGAAUGUAUAUCUUAUUUUCGAUAAAUGAAAUGGAGAAUUGUUUAUCAAAUUCUAUUUAUACUGUCCAUUUUCUGUCAAUAUGAAUCUAAAUGUGAUAGUUUCAAUAGCUGCUGGUAGAAAACAUGUCAUUUUGAUCUACACAGUAUGCAUGGGUGAGUAUAUAUUCAGUAGGCAUGUGAAAAUACAGAACAGUUUAGGUCUGAAGUAGCUAACAACCUUUUAUAGCAUCGGAAAAUUCUUUUUCCAAAGUGUUUUUCUCAAGUCUGGUCCACACAUAAAGCAGAAUGAAGCAAUGGAAGCUUGGUAUGAUAAAGCUAUCACAGCAGAUGAGAAGUUCAUCUGUGUUGAUAUUCCUUCAGAUACGGAUUCCCUUCCAGAGGAAAAUCACUACAGCACAGCAAUCUAGAUAAUCUUUCUCCCCACUUGGGUUUUGCUUUUUUUCCUUUACAAUGACAUUUCACCCUUAAAGAGAUACAGGUUGUUCUACCUACUUUCUUUUGCUGCUUAAUCAUUUGACCUAGCUUGUCAUGUAUUUUACAAAGACUGUGUGUGUGUGUGUGUGUGAAAGAGAGAGAGAGAGAGAGAGAAUUACAUUCUUAGCUCUGCAGGUGACAUUCAUCUGUUUGAAGAAGUCUAAAUAGUAUCUACUGUGGUCAUACAAGGUCAGGAUAAGCAUAUCCCUGUUCCUCUUAUCACCGGCUUUCUCAUGUUGUUGCUGCUGCUGCUCAACAUCGUUGAAAAAAAUAGUGACAUGCUGCUCUACCAUCAGCUUCAGCAGUAUUUGCAGUCUUAACUUGCAUUCAGCUUAUGCUUUUGGCUUGGCGAGCAUUAUGUUAGUAUUUCUUGGAUGGCAUUGGCGGUGAAGCAGAGAUGAUAGAAGGAACAGAGGCAGCCGGUGGGUAGAAGAUGUGGAAGAUAACACACGUAUGUAUGAAAUGACUGCUGUACGAGUAUCUCUUAGGGCUUAGUCUGCUGCAACCCGUUCAAGUUAAGUGGGUCUGGGUCUAAAGAGUGCUCCAGUGGGAGAACAUUAGAGGAAGUGUGAUUCCUAGCAUUCCAGUAUGAGAUGAAAGGCAAGAUUUGACCUAUAGCUAAUUUUUUAGUUUUAUUCUUGGCACCCAGACAUAUUUAUUAUUUAAUUAAGUCAUGCUGGUUUACCUGUAAAUAGAAGGUGGCCGUACUCAGCCAGCUUUGCCUGAUAUUAAGAAUCUAAGCAGCGUCAGACCUGCUUAGUGCUUGGAAGGGAGAGCAUGAGGAUAUCCCAGAGUUAUAAACUAGUCUGGGAAGUAGAAAAACUCCAGGAAGAAGGGAAUAGGAAAUUACUUCCUAUUCCUUGCCUAAUGAAUCAUGGAAGUGUCCAGUAGUGAUGAGGAAUUAAUUUCAACUUUAUUUGUAUCUCUGAAUAUGAUUUGUAAUGCAUUUUGCCACUAUUGCUUUUCUGUAAGUGUAUUCACUACAUUCAAAUUUGUUUGCAUGCUGUUUGUUAACGUGGUUCAUUAGGUCGUCUUCUCAGGCGUGAAGGACCCCAGGGCUGUAGAAGUGGCUGAGUUUUGCUCUCCAAGGUCAGAGGGAGCGCUCCAACCUUGGAAGGUAAAUCCAGUAUCAGAGUCUUGCUCCUCCUCUCCCUGUCACUAUCUAUGGUUGGUGGUUUCCAGUGUCAGAAAUCCCUUAUGUUGGAAAGGUCUAAAACAGUGUUUCUCAACCUGGGUGGCUUUAAGAUGUGUGGACUUCAACUCCCAGAAUUCUGCUGGGAGAAUUUUGGAAGGUAAAGUCCACACAUCUUAAAGCUGCCUAGGUUGAGAAACACUAGUCUAAAAGCACUUCCAGCACUGAGAGUUGGGCUGGAAGGGACCAUCCAGGAAGGAGGUCAGGGAGAGAUGCCAAGGGGUCUCCAGUUUACUUCCGCCUUGUGGAACUAGUGUCUCACUGGCAUGUUGGACUGCCCCAAUCUUAAUGUAAAAUAGCAUUUCAUGCCAUUGCAUCAACUGAAAACGUUCACUUGAGAGCAAGACAGCCUCUUUGAGUUCUGCAGAACAUUUUUUUUGAAUGUAUGGCUCUGGUUUCCUAAGAUCAAUAUGGACACAAUAUCAAGGUUGGAUUUCUCUCCAGUGUACUGAAUAGAACUCUUGUAUGUCCGUCAUACCCAAAUGCCUUCCCAUGCAGCGUGAACUUUUUUUCCCACCAAAAUGCCACUGUCGGUGUUGCUCAGUUUGUGGUGCCACUCACUUGUUCUGGGUGUUUGUGUAUACGUGGCUGGGUUGCUUGGACUCACUUCUCCCAACCAAUGAUUACCAUUUCUUUAAGCUAAAGACAGGUGUUUGAUGCAUGCAUAUGUUUUGUGUGCCAGGAUUAGAGGAUAUGAGCCAACGUUUAGCAAUGUUUAGGAUCAUUGCUUUAGGUUUGAACUAAAAGCUUCAUCUGGUAGGCUUUGGAAAUAUUUCAAAUAAAAAUCCACCAUGUUGUGAAAUAUUCAGUGUUGAAGAGAUACUGUAGACUUGCUUAUAUUCAGCCACUGAUAGACUACAGUCACACUAUAGUAAUACAGAUUGGUAUCAUAGUUUAGAAAUCUGUGAAAUUAUCCUGGAUGCACACUUAGUAAAUUCAUUAUUGCUUGUUUGUGACAUGAUGCAUAGAAGUGGCAUAACUUGGUCAAUUCUCUUGCAUUUUUAUUUGUCUUAAAAGCUGGAAAAUAUUACACUCUCCUAACAGCUGUAAGGUUGCAACCACCAGAGUUCUUGGCAUCAUCUUUACCUGAAGGAGCUGUUACCCAUAUAGGGAAGAUUACAUCUGUUUGCAUUGCUUAUUGUUGGCAGUGUCAUUAAACCAGUUUGCUACCCACA